AACCGAGGAAAAAUGCCUAGAGGUAAAGCGACCGAUGCAAAACCUAGAGGUCGUAUGACCGCGUACGCAUUUUUCGUACAGACGUGCCGCGAAGAGCACAAAAAGAAACACCCCGAUGAGAAUGUAAUAUUUGCCGAAUUUUCAAAGAAAUGCGCCGAAAGGUGGAAGACAAUGAAUGAAAAGGAAAAGAAAAGAUUUCAUGAAAUGGCUGACAAGGACAAGAUGAGAUAUGACACUGAAAUGCAAAGCUAUAUUCCACCCAAGGGUGAAAAAGUGCGCGGUAAAAAGCGAAAGCAAAUCAAGGAUCCAAAUGCACCUAAACGCUCCUUGUCUGCCUUCUUCUGGUUCUGUAAUGACGAACGUGGAAAAGUUAAGGCUGUAAACCCAGAGUAUGGUGUUGGUGAUGUAGCUAAAGAAUUAGGCAAGAAAUGGUCUGAUGCUGAUAUUACUGUAAAACAGAAGUAUGAAGCUAUGGCAGAAAAAGAUAAAGCAAGAUAUGAACGAGAAAUGACGGAGUACAAAAACAAGGGCAAGCCAACCUUGUUACAACAACAACAACAACAACAUCAACAAAUGUUGGUCCAACAACAACAACAAAUUCUUGCACAGCAGCAGCAGCAGCAGCAACAAAUGAUGGCAGUAAAAGAUGAAAGUGAUGAAGAUGAUGAUGAUGAAGACGAUGACGAGUGAUCUCGUUUAGAUUCACAUCUGAAUCUUUUUUCUUUUCGUACCUCGAAAAUAUUAAUUUUAAACUUUGUAAAUACAAAUAAGAUAAUUUUUAAGUUCUAGAUUAAAAAGUAAUUUUGUACAGAUAACUGUAGAAAAUUGGUUUUGUCUCAACAAAAAUAAUAAUAAUAAAUAUUGGAUUCAAA